AUGGCGACAGCAACGAGGGCACCCGCAUACUUUAUCAGCCAUGGCGGCCCGCCUACCAUGUUCGAUCACACCCAUCCCGCCUAUCAACAUUGGCUGGAAUGGGGGAAGGAGGUGCGCGCGCUCCAUCAACAAGGAGUCAUUCGAGGGCUAGUCUUUGUCAGCGCACACUGGCAAGCUGAAGACCUCGGACAAGGCGUCUACGUAAACGUCGAUGAGAAGAAUCCCCUUGUCUAUGAUUUCUAUGGCUUCCCCCAACACUUUUACAAGCAAAGAGUCGAGUCAUCCAAUCCUAUCAAGAUCUCGUCGCUCGUUCUUGAUCACCUUCGCAGUACCGGACUGCCUGCUCAUCCCAUCAAGCGCGGAAUCGACCACGGCGUGUGGUGUCCACUCAAGGUGGCAUUUCAGAGACCUUUUCUUGAGGAGCUCACUACGGAACAGCGCAAAAAUGAGCCAGCUUCGAUCGAUACACCUUCGAUCCUCCCUUCGACUUUGUCGCUCACGCAAGUAUCCCUACCAGUAUCGGAUUCGUCGAUUGACUCUCUCAGACUCGGCGCGUCGCUUCGGGCUCUUCGCGAACAGGGGCUCGCAAUCGUAGGCGGCGGUAUGUCUGUUCACAAUCUUCGUGAGAUGAUGAAGAUGUUCGCAAUGGGCGGUGGCCGCGGCCUUGCGAAGCUCGAGCCCACCCGGUAUUCGCGCUCUUUCCUCGAGGCACUCGACGAGGCAAUGACCGCCCCGCCCGCACCGCACGACGAAGAUAAGUGGAGCAAGGCGUUGAAGCUCGACCAGCGGAACGACUUCUUACCAUCACAUCCCACCCCGGAACACUUUUUGCCGGCGCUCGUCGCGUUGGGAGCAUCUCAUGCCGACGAACAAGGUCUCAAAACUUUCAAAUUUGACGAAGGUCCCAUGGGCUGGUAA